AUGGCGGCCGCUUGGGGGUUGUCCCUAACGGCCGCGGCGUUGAGAGCAGUCACCCCGUGGCCAAGGGGCAGGCUCCUCGCGGCCUCCUACAGACCUAAGGCGCUUCGGGAAGCGUCGUCCUCCAGCCCCGAGACUGAUGAAGGCCAGAUCCACCUCACCGACAGCUGCGUCCAGAGGCUUCUGGAAAUCACCGAAGGGUCAGAAUUCCUCAGGCUGGAGGUGGAGGGAGGUGGAUGCUCCGGAUUCCAGUACAAAUUUUCCCUGGAUACAGUUAUCAACCCCGACGACAGGGUAUUUGAACAGGGUGGGGCAAGAGUGGUGGUUGACUCUGAUAGCUUGGCCUUCGUGAAAGGGGCCCAGGUGGACUUCAGCCAAGAACUGAUCCGAAGCUCAUUUCAAGUGCUGAACAAUCCUCAAGCGCAGCAAGGCUGCUCCUGCCCUUUCUGACCAGAUGCCCUCUUCCUGGCAGGCCGUAAAAGUCAGCAGAUAUUUUCACAAAUUUUGCUCACUGUGCAGAUUCAUUUAGGAGAACUUAUACUCUUCCAGUAUCAAUUGGAAGAUUUUCUUUUGCCUCUAUUACUUCCUAGGGGAGGUUAUCAAGGCGCUAUUUGUUGCAGAAUUGGUUUUAUUUAACUGCAUCUGCAAGCUGGUGAGUGCCUGGGGCAGCAUGCCCCACCUCUGCUUUAGCAAAACCUGAUAGUGCAAGAACCGAAGGCCAGGGAGCCCUGAAUCUGCUGUAUGUUGUAUGUUAUCUUCUUGUGGAAUCACACUCUUCAGUUAAGUGCUUGAUAGUGACUAGUGACACAUAAACUGUGUGUGUUCCACCCAUCCUGAGUUUCUUUGUGUGGGCAUGUUGCCUGAUGACGAGGGAUUAGGAGAAAAUAGUUUCAGAGGUAAGAGAUUAGGAAGGACUACUAGUUGGUGUCCAAAAACACUCUUCUUUCUCUAACUUUCUUCUGCGAGUUGAGCUCUAUUCUUUUCGUCUUUUGUUAGAGAGCACCCAAGUACAGGGUUGACAUUUGGCAGGAGCAUCCUAUA